AUGUUGUGUUGUGCUAACCUCAUUGCAGGUGGAGGCGGGGUUAUCCCGCGGCGUUUGUGUUUGGAGUUUAGGGAAUCCCCCUUGUAUAGAGGUCCUAGACUCACUGACUUGGUCCGGGCUAACACAACUCCUGACCGAAGUACGGGUUGGCAAGCCUUAGGCUUUGGUCAAGAGGGUCGAGACGGUUCGGGGGUGUUACACGGUCGAGCUAGGCAAACUCGACCGAUUGGUCAAGGAGAUGCUCCAAACCGCCACCAACAGAGACAAGGGAUUGUUCCACCACCAGUGCAGAACCACAACUUUGAGAUCAAGCUGGGAAUGAUCAACCUUGUUCAGAACAAGAUGUUCCAUGGAUUGCCAAGUGAAGACCCCAUUGACCACCUUGAUGAGUUUGAUAGGCUUUGUGAUUUGACAAAGAUCAAUGGUGUCUCUGAAGAUGCCAUCAAGCUGAGACUCUUUCCUAUGUCUCUAGCUGACAAAGCUCACCAAUGGGAGAAGAGCUUGCCCCAUGGCACAAUCACCACUUGGGAUGAAUGCAAGAAGGCCUUUCUUGCUAAUUUUUCUCCACCGGUCGCACAGCCAAGCUUAGAGGAGAGAUAUCCAGCUUCAUCCAGCGAAACAAUGAGACAUUCGCAGAGGCUUGGGAGAGGUUCAAAGGCUACACAAGUCAGUGCCCACACCAUGGAUUCAACAAUGAAUCCUACUCUCCACUCUUUAUAG